AUGACACAUAUUUAUUUUUUGCGUGCCGGCAAAGAGAAGGAACGCUUCACGCUCGUUCUGGCUGUCAUGGCGGACGGCAAAAAGGUUUCGCCGCGCAUCAUCUUCAAGGGCACGCCGUUCAUCCCCCCGACCGUGAGCGGCAAGGGCAAGAGCACCCUGCCGCGGAAGAACUCCGUCGCGUGGGAGAUCCAUCCUGCGAACCGUGCCAAGCACGCCCACCCUGCCAACGGCAUGUCCUUCGGCGUGCAGGGGAAGAGCUGGAGUGACCAGCGGGAGUGCAACGGGUGGAUCUCGGGCAGCUGGAAGCUCCGUCCCAACAACGGCAGCAUCGUCCAGCAGCGCCCGUGCAUCCUGGUGCUGGACGACUUCAAGUGCCACAAGGACGAGGGUUUCAUCGCCGCCCUCAAGAGAGACGCCAAUACCAUCAUCAUCUUCAUCCCAGGCGGGAUGACGCUCUUGCUCCAACCGCUCGACCGUUUGCUCAACAAGCAGAUGAAGCGGCUGCUGCGGGGCAAGUACACCGCCUACAGCGCGUCGGCGGUCGCAGACGCCCGGUCGGGGAAGCUGAAGCCACCGGAGCGUGGCGUCGUCUCUACGUGGUGCAAGGAAGCGUGGGAGUCCAUCACCCCCGAGACGGUGAAGACUUGCUUCAUGAUCUGCCGUCUCACGCUCGCGCUCGACGGCAGCGAAGACCACGCCUGGUGCGAGCACAACUUCGGGGAAGACUACCGCGACCUUCUCGGGGAGCAGCACGCCGUGCGGCUCGCUGAGCACCCCGACGUGACUCUCCCGCCGCUCAAGCUGCCGAAGGUACCAGGGAGGUUCGACCCCAACCCCAUCACGGCUGCUCAGAAGUAGGUCGAGGGGAAGCUGCUGCCCUACGUCGCUGAUGAGAGCGACGGCGACGUGGAAGUCGUGGAGGGGCAGGGAGGCGGGGGCGCCAAAGGAGAAGUAGUCGAACUUUGAAGCAUAGUUCUUUGGGAUUGCCAGUGAGAUUGGAUGUUUUUGCGAUGGUAGGGGCGCGGGCACGAAGUAGAGUUCAACCCGCCUAUGAAAUACAGUAGUAGCACGUUGGUGGCUCGUAGUGGUAGUUUGGUGUGGGUUUUUACUUCGUUUUUGGUUUCAUCUGCGAUUAGAACUGUUGAGUGGAUGCCGUUUGCCGAUUUGCCGAUCUUGAUUCUUCAGAACGAAAAGAAGAGAACAAAGAGUACAAAUACCACAUUUUUGAACAUCGUCAUGGUGCCAAGGGCAGCAGUAGCAGUGGAGCACGCGAUUCAAGCUCCCACACUAUCAAGAAUUUCCAGCACAUGCUGGUGAAAGGGUAUCGCUUACCGCCAAACCUCACCGCAUAUAUCGACGUCUCCGCACACUGUGCGGAGACGACGAUACCUGUGCGAUAAUCUAACAAAUCAUUCGGAACCAGCUUUUUUUCCGCACACCCUGCGCCAAGACC